AUGGUAAACAUACAGGCAUUAGAACCGAAGUUGAUCGGAGAAAUAAUCAAAUACGUCGAAUGUCCACUUAAUUUAAUAAAAACAUGUAAAAUCAUACACAAAGUUUCGUCAAUACCAUGGGUACGUGCGGAAUGGGCCAUAAUUAAGUUUGGCCGGGCCCAUGUUCUCUUCCAUGCGGUACGACUUGGCCCUAAUUUCAUAAAUGUUGAAGUUGUGGAUAAAAUCCUGGAAAAUGGCGGCGUCUUAUCUCGAUACUUCAUCCAGAGGCUGGUGAUGCAUUUCGGGAGAUAUGACAAAAAACUUAUUGAACUGAAAAUCGAGCAUAACAUUGGCCAAAUCGAUGCUGAUCGCAUUAGGAAUUUUCAACAAAAAAUCAAAUCCCCUUGGGCCA